GACGACCUAAACAGCGCAGCCAAUCGUCGCCUUCCUCACGACCUGUCGCGUGUUGUCAGCUCGCCGAAAAUUCAAUUUGCUUUGCGGGGUCUAGUUGUGAUAUUUUGUAAAUAUUUCCACAAAGGGAGAUACCGUACAAUAAUUUCAAGAUGCGUUAGUGGAUUUAGAAGAGAGGUGCAGCGGAAGUACUCUGCUUAGCUGACCACCCCAGCUGACCAACAGGAAAGCAACACAAUGUCCGAAGAGCCUAAAGAAACCUCUGGACUUAUAAGAUCACCAGAAAAAACUGAAACAAAAGGGAAAUUUCCGGACUGGACAAGGUUUGGUCUGAGCAAGGACCCGCAGUUGAGUGGCUCGGACAAAUCAAAGGUCAAUGUCGAGGAAGGUCUGGCCACUGGGGACGUAGGCCAACAGAAUGAGCUGUACAGAGAGGAACAAGCAGUGUCAUCUCAGCCUUGGUGGAAAUCCAACUUUUUCAUCUCCCAGCCUGUGCUGUUUGGAACAUGGGAUGGUGUGUUCACAUCAUGCCUCAUUAACAUAUUGGGUGUGGUCAUCUUUCUCAGGAUGGGCUGGAUAGUGGCUAAUGCAGGGAUUGGUCUCUCUGUGUUGAUUGUACUGUUUGGAAUCUCAAUCAUUGUCAUAGUGGCUCUCAGUGCCAUUGGUGUUUGUGAGAGGUGUAAGGUGGGCAGCGGUGGAGUUUACUUCUUGUUGUCACAUGUCCUGGGAGCAAGGAUAGGGGGAAGCAUUGGAAUACUUUAUUGCUUUGCUCAGUCUGUGGGCUGUUCUUUGAGUGUGAUGGGUUUUGGUGAGUCCAUCAUGACUUUAUUGAAGCAGGACAACACAUGGGUGGCUCGUGGGAUAGCUUUUGGAGUAGUGCUGCUGUUAUUGGGUGUGAAUAUAUCUGGAGUGAAAUGGGUCAUCAGGCUACAACUUAUUCUUCUACUUGUCCUAUUUCUAUCCAUAAUGGAUUUGUGGGUUGGAUCUUUUGUUCACACCUUACCAAGUUUUGGAGUUGAAGGCUACAACGAUAUUAACUUUGUCAACAACUCUGGCCCUGACUUUCAGCAUGGGGAAAACUUUUUCUCUGUCUUUGGUUUGUUCUUUUCUACCAUCACAGGGGUUCUUGCAGGCAUUAACAUGAGCGGAGACCUGAAGGACCCUUUCCACAAUAUACCUCAGGGUACAUUGGCAGCACUUGGGGCAGGGACAUUUGUUUUUAUCUCUAUCAUCUUAGUCCUGGGUGCUACAUGUGUCAGAUCUUUCCUUCUCUCUGAUUAUAUGAUCGCUGAAAAGGUAUCACUUUUUGGUGUGCUUUGGUUAGCUGGGCUGUACUUGUCUUCUGUAUCUUCCUGUAUGGGAAGUCUGUAUGGACCAACUAGAAUACUGCAGUCUAUAGCCAAUGAAAAUGUUAUUCCUAUCAUCAAGUUCUUAGGCUAUGGGCAUGGGCCCAACAAAGUCCCUGUGUUUGGACUCAUCUGCAUCACACUUGUGACUCUUCUCUUUAUCUGUGUUGGUGAUGUCAACUCCCUGGCCCCUGUAGUGACCACUGCCUUUCUGUUGACCUAUGCUGCAGUGGAUUACUCAUACUUUGUGCUGGCUAUGAGCUACGAUAAGAGGAGAAUGCUGGAAGAGAGGUUUGGGACAGACUCAGAGGACAGGAACAAAGAAGAAAAAGCAAUCUCAGCGGACCUGUCACCUAAAAAAGGUAAAACUGUAGAUGUGAGCCAAAACAAAGAUUCAUUAGAAAAAUUUGCUAAUGACUUGGAUAAGCUUUUCCCCGAGCGCUUGACACACAGAGGGCAUCGUCUGCUUUCACAGUCUGCAUCACACUUGGAGGCUGACUUUGAUGCCACUAAAACCAAGAUAGAUUCUGAAGGUUCUCCUGCCAACCAGCCAGAAGACUUAAAUGAUACCACACAUUUGUUAGGUGUUAAACGGACACCAAACACUGAGAUUGUAAAACAGCCUAGGUCAUGGUACUCUGUAUUAUGUAACAGAUGGCUGUCACUAUUUGGAUGUUUGAUCUGUCUGGUCAUCAUGUUCACAACACAGUGGCUGUUUGCAUUGAUAGAACUACUUGUCUUCUUGGUCAUCUAUAUCUACAUUGGUCGAGCAAGUCCAGGAUAUUUCCCUGGUAUUGCUGAAUUUAAUUUCUAUGAAUGGUUGAAAGAAUCCUGCAAUAAGUGCAGGCCAGGAUAUGUUCCCCCAGAGCACAUUAUAGUAGCCUCCAAGAUGCCAGAUGUCAAAACACUUGAGGCACAGCUGACAGAAGACAAUGCAGACUUUGCCAGCAGGGGGCGCUAUCAUCAGUCUGAGGUUAUGAAGGGAGAAAAUUUUGAUGAUUAUAACAGUGACGAGCAUUGAGCAUGGAGAGCUCACCAAAAGGAAAAAAAAAGUCUCGCAGCUCAAUGAAAAUAAUCCCUAUCAAAAUUUUGGUAUGAUUCUAUAUCAAACCCUACCUCUCUUUAGACAGCAGACCAGUGAUAUGCAACAGAGCUCUUGAGUGUUACAGUUGCAAUGGGAAAAUGUGAUAAUUUCAAACAGUAAAUAUAUUAUUUAUAAAUAUAAAUUUUUACUUUUCUUAUAAAAAUAAUGUUAACAGUGGUCUGGACUUUGUUAUACAAUAUUAUGUUAAAUGAAAUCAAAAUAAUUAAAAAACCUUAGAUGUGAUCUGUUAGGAUGUCACGGACAAUUUUAGAUUCAGGUCAAAACUGUCAUUUGAUUUCAAGUUGUUAUAGCAGCCAUAUGCUAAUAAGAUGUAAUAAUAUUCUUCUUUACAGAUACAUUGGUAAUUUAUAAGAUAAGAUCACAGACUCAAGAGACAAUUUCUAAAAAUAAAUUUUAAAAUUAACCUUACUUAGUACAACUUCCUAAAAGAGGAACAUGGAUAGGAAUAACAUGGAUAGGAAUAACAAAUAUGUCUUUUAAAAAGAUAAUGCUGUUGAUUUGUUAUUAUUAUUAUUAUUAAAUAAUGAAAAUCACUAGUUUUCUUUUAAUUAUGAUUUCUGCUUGAACCUAAUGAACUUGAAAUCCAAUUGAAAUUCUUUUUAGUUUUGUAAAAAGAAAUUAAAGUUUUUGGUUUACUUGUUUAUUCUAUCUCAAAAUUGACCAAACACUGUUUCUGUUAACAUAUCAAAAAAUAAUUGAAAACAAUUUUUUUUUUUUAAGACUAGAAAUUUUUUCCUUAUUGAAAUGUAUUUAUUUCAUUGCAAAAGUGGAGGUUUGAAAGUUAUUUCAUCCAUAAAAAAAUGUAUUGUAUAAGGUGUUGCUGUUAAGUAUUGUCUUGUCAAAUCUUUGUUGUUUUGCAAAAUUAGAUGUCCAGUAAUUUGUAAAUGGUGCCAAGUGUUAGUAAGGGGAAGUUUGUGUAUGUGAACUUGUGGUAUAGUGUUCAGUGGUAGUAUAAGGAUAUAUUUGAUGUCCUAAUUGUUUGGUGUCAAGAAAUUUCCAAUGAUGAUCAACUUACAAUUGUUUUUUAUUGAAGAAGGACUUCAAAAUAAUAAAAAUAUCUGUACACACAAAAUGGAAAUCGUUCCAGCUUUGGCAUUGCUUUAAAGAUAGUUUACAGUAACAAUUUUACAGCUGCCAAAUAUACUUUAUAUUUUCAAACUUUAACAAAGUCUGAUAGAAACUAUAAAUAUUGAAAGCUAACAGUUAAAUACAAAAUUAUUGAAAGUAACAAUUAUUCUCCAGAGUGAUUUGAACAUACAUAUGUACUUAAGUAACCAUACGUUCCUUGACAUAUAUGCUCAUGAUUAGAAAUAGCAUAUUUAAUUUGAAUGUGUUGGUUUGGUUUUGGUUGAAUUUUGUUAAAAGCUUAUAAAUUGUAAACUUGGAAAAAAAAAACUUAAGCUUGCUCUAACAAUGUGAUGCCAAAAAAAACAAGAUUUGUUAUUAACAAAAAUGUGAUAUUUAUUUCAGUUGAGCAAUUAUCCUUUUCAUUUUUUCAUUAUCAUGCCAAAUAUUUAUUAACCAUGUGAACUGAAAAAAACAAACAUUGCUACCCGUUGAUUGUUUAUUGAAAUGUUGUUUAAUGUCACAAAUGAUGAUAAACUAUUUUUCAAGUACAGACCUGUGUUAAUUCAUACCUGUGUUUUCAUUGUUUUAUUCAUUUUUAUUUUGGGUUAAAGAAGGUUCAGCUACUGGACUAACAGGCUAUCUAUUUGAUUAGUUUAUUCUGUGAAGACUUGGAUUAUGGUUAAAUUGCUUCAGACCCAUACUAUUUAAUGCUGGUUCUUUAUAUAAACAAUUAAAUACUUUUGUGUGUGUAAGCACUAAGGUACACGCGAAAUCCUUAUUUUAAGAAGAGAACAAUCUCAGAUUCCAUUUCCUUUAUUGCUGGGAGAUUAAAGUGCUGUUAUGUUAAACUGAUGAUAUGUUUAAAUCCUAAUGAAGCUCAGGGGCAAUUAUAAGACAUUUUUUAAAGUAACAUUCAGCUCUAAAAGGAUAAGAUAUAAUUUGGGAAAAGUAAAGCCAGCCAGAUGUUUCACUGUCCUUAAGUCUAGAUUAUUUAGAAGUCAUUGUCUCUCUGCUUCCAUGUAGAAUACUUAAAAAUUUUUACAAGCAAUUUAGUGUACAAAUUCAUGUUCAUCUUUUUCAAUUUAUACUUUUUUUUUCUAAAUAACUUGCAAAAGUUUAUGCCAAUGCAAAAUCUUUUUGCUUCUGUGGUGUUUUAAGACUAAGUGUGUAACGGUAGUACUUUGGUUGUAAAUUGUCAUAUUUUGAAAUGGGCUCAAGAUUUGAAAUAUUUGAAUGUGUUAUGGCCUUGGCAAAGUUUAGCAACAAAAAAAAAAAAACUAUUUUGAAAAUAAAGGAGCUUCCCUCCCCCCCCCCCCAACCACAAACCUUAAAAUGAGAUGAAUUAACAUUUGUUACAUGUUUGAUUCAGAUUCAAAAGCUUAUGCAAUAUGUCUAUAGGUAAUCAAGAAUUGACAAUCUACAACUUUCUUCAUGGCAGUGGUGAGGCUAUUAUCAUUUUAUUCAUAAAUUGCUUGUGUUUUAGGUCUAUGUAAAAAUAAUGCAAUUACUCAGAAUGGUAGAAUACACAUUUUAUUUUGAAGCCUUUGUGUUUUAGAUCAAUUGAGUAGUGUCAAGGUAAUUACUUUGGGAUGAAACUUUUCCUAUAAUUUCCUCCCCUUACAAAUAGAAUUACAUUUUUAUUGUAUCUACUGUUGUGGUGUAGAACAAUUUGUUUUGAGUGAUUCACUCCCCUGAUGGCUGUGAGGUAAAAAAAUAUUUUUUUCAUUGGUUGUACUUAAAAAUCUCUUUGACUUGAAAAAACAUUUGUGACAACAAAAAAACUCAAUAGUGUGUGAAUAUUUUUGCACUGAAUUAAACCACAAUUUGCAUAUUACAAUUUAUGUUUACAUCAGACCAACAGGAGUUGUUCAUUGCACUAUCAAGAUAAGAAACAAUUUUCUUUUUCCAGUUUCUAUGUUCUAUGCUAAAAAUAAAAUUAAAUAGCCUUUCUAAAGACAAUAUGUUGAAGAAUGUAAAUUAUCUUUUAUUCUUUAAAUUUACAUUUGAUUUUUCAAAAUAUAAUUGUAUUGGUCCAAACAAAAGGAAAUUCAGUUCGACUAUAGCUUUCCACCUCAGCAUUACUACUAUAACAAUAUUCUUGUAGAUGCAAAUGAAGGCAGACAACCAAGACCAAUUGCUAUAGUAGGCCUCAACACUGACUUGCAACAUGUGGGCAGUGGAGGCCAUUAGUACAUUACCACAUCAUACAGACCUGUGACAUGACAAGAUACUGGUCUCCAUUGCCCACAGGAUGCAGGUCAGUGUUCAGACCUUCUAUGACAAAUGGUCCCUAGACAACAUACAAUUGAGCUCCUAUGUACUUCUCAAUUUUAACAACUGAUCUUAAAACACCCUGACUGAAAGUGGAGUAAAGGACUUUCUAGAUUUCUCUGUUAUAACCAAAUGGAGAGGAGUCUUUAGAAAAAAAAUAAUUAAAAUUAAUUUAGAAACAUUUUCUUCUGUAGUUCAUGAGUUUAAUUGACUGCACAAUUUUGGAAUUUUUUAUUUUAUUAAAUUUUAAGCCAUUCAAUACCAUGUAAACUAGAAUAAUGUAAUAAAUACUAUUCAAUCUGUAGAAUCAUCAACUUUUGUAAUUUCAUAUUUCAGCCUGAACAAAAAUUUUAAUAUAAAACUGGACAAAUAUUCAAGUAUGCUGUUUGUGAUAUAUGCUACAUUGUUGUUUAAUUGACUGCAUGUUGUGUAUUACUGUACUCAUGAUUAAGAUCAUCGCAAACUUUCUGUGAAAAACUAUGUGAUAAGAAAAAAGUCAGAACUCAAAGUUUCUUGAUAUAACAAAAGUGUUGUGAUUGUGCUGUGCUUGUGCUCUACCAAUAAUAAAUUCUAUCGAUCAAUAUG